AUGUUACCACCAUUCAAUCUUCAAAAGUGGAUAGAUGAGAAUAAACAUUUGUUAAAGCCACCUGUAGGUGCAAAGUUGGUAUAUGAAGAUCCAAACUCUACAUUUGUUGUUAUGAUUGUUGGAGGUCCAAAUCAAAGAUCUGACUAUCACAUCAAUCAAACUGAUGAAUUCUUUUAUCAAUUUAAAGGAGAUAUGGUAUUAAAGAUUGUAAAUACAAAGGGAGAGUUUGAAGAUGUAAAUAUUAGAGAAGGAGAUAUGUUCCUCCUACCAGGCAACACUCCACACUCACCACAAAGAUACUCUGAUACUGUUGGAUUGGUUAUUGAAAAGAAGCGUGAUGCUCAAUCGAUUGAUAAGUUACGUUGGUACUGUGAUAAUUGCAAACUAGUUCUCUAUGAAGAGUCUUUCAACGUUCAAGAUUUGAAUCUUGGCAAGGAAUUGACACCAAUCAUCCUUCGUUUCUAUGGUGAAGAAUCUCUUCGUACUUGUAAAUCUUGUAAUCACAUUAGUCAAAAACCACCUCAAAAGGAAUAA